CAGCCCACUUUUCCCGCUUACCAAGCAUGAAGCUGUAGAGAUAAUAAACAUCAAAUAACUUUCUCCAAUUUUCCAAAGAGCUGAGUACCAUCCUCAAAACGUGAAAAACAUUAGUAGACGAUGGCCACAAGUGGGGUUGCGAAGAGUGUUGGGAAUUUGAAGAGUUGUAAGAACAAUAGGAUGCAUCCUGAUGCUGUGCAAGGUUGGGGUGGUAGUACUGUUAUAUUGGUCGGGGCAGGAACAGCCCGAGGCUACUACAAGGAUGCCCCUUCUGUCGAGUUUACCAGUGAAGAAGAAAAUGUCCUAGCUGGAAAAUUCAACAGAACCCUAGUUGGCAGAUGCAGCUCGAGGAUUCACUUGAGUGAAGUGGAAAAAUUCCUCAUCAAAGGAGGCUACAAGGAAUUCAAACUUAGAAGACUCAACUCUUUCGAGCUGAUCUUCAUUUUCAAACAGGACGAAGACUACCUCAGGCUGUUCCACCGAAAAGUUUGGAGAAUCGGUGCGUGUGCAAUCACCAUCAACAAGUGGACCACCAAGCACUCAAAACUCAGAGAUUCACCAGUCAUGCCGGUUUGGGUGGAAAUCUUCAACCUGCCACUACACCUUAACGACCACAAGGCUCUUUAUUCGAUUGCCUCCACAUUGGGCAGACCUCUCAAAUUGGAUGCUAACACUGCCAUGGGUGUACAUCCAGAUAGAGCCAGGCUUUGCGUGGAAAUGGAUGUCUCCAACCCCAAACCCCCUAGAUUGCAUAUAAAGCUGGGUGGAAGAGAUCUCUGGCUCCCAUGUAAGUUUGGAAAACACCUAUCCUACUGCGACAAAUGCACAAGAUUCCGGCACGAUACAAAACAUUGCCGGAAAACCUUAUCUAAAAGCCUCUCCGGCAAAGCUCCGGCUGGAGAGGUGGGCCAGCUAGGAGCGGGAUGUAUAACCAACGCAUCUUCAUCACGCUGGGAGAUUGCAAAAGGAAAACGACGUGUGGUUCAGAGCAGUGAAAUUAGAGAAGCAACUAGGCGGGUCCACAGCUCUAAUCUCCUAUUAAAAGAAAGAGCCACACACCUAAGCCACACACUCCAAAACAAAACUCCCUUGCAGCCUACCAGGUACGAAAAGCCACUAGAGAAUCCCACCACACAUAACCAUUUUCAUCUCCUACCCAUUAUUGAGGAUGUAGAAGAUACAGUUGAACCUAACCCCAGCCUCACCCAACCAUAUUUACCAACCCUCACAGCCCAAUGCCCUCCUCACCUCACACCAUCCAACCCCAGUCCCACCCCAACCACUGAACCUUUUCCCGACCUCUCCUUCCUAAGGUCAGACAACCCCAAACCUUGCUUGGCCAUUAUCCCCUUUCAUCAUUCCAACCCCUCUUCGAAUGCUUUACUGCUAGAGGAACUGGAUUGCCAUCCCCAGGUCUGGAAAGGUAGUAAAGACGACUCAUUUAUUAAUACCACACUGGUUCCAUCCUGGGAAAACUUCAAUGAUCAGCACUCUCUCCCUGAAGAUGAUACACCUAUGGUCUGCCACACAGAUGGGGAGGAAGAGGAUACCCCUUUCAACAAAUCAUGCAUCAAACCUAUGGAAUUGGACAUCUCCAACUGUGCCACACUUAUAUUCAUAAAGAGGAAAUUUGAUCUUGAUUUCCUGUGUGUUAUUGAACCCAUUGUCAGCAACUCCCUACUAGAUGACUUUAGACUCAAAAUUGGCUUCUCAAACUGCCACUCUUCCACCAACAACAAGAGAUGGAUUUUUUGGCGAAACGAAACCCUCAACCUUGUUUCAUUCACCGAUGAUGACCAAGUUACUUCCGGCACCUUCACAUAUUCCUUUGACAACCAGCCCAUUCGCAUCUCCUCGGUGUAUGGUGCCCACUCAAUCAAGGAUAGGACAAAGCUCUGGCUAAAUAUUCAAGAAACCUGCCCUCUAGAUAUGAGAUGGAUAAUUGGGGGAGACUUCAAUGCAGUUACCUCUUAUGAGGAAUGUAAAGGAAUCUGCACGCCGCAUGUCCAAAGCAUGAAUGACUUCAACACCUGCAUCUCACAAUGCAAGCUCAUUUAUCCGGAUGCAGAAGGUGGAUUAUUUACUUGGUCUGGGGUUAGGAGUCAAGGCAGAACCUGGAGAAGAUUGGACAGAAUCCUCUUAAAUGUUGACCUACUGAACUCUUUUGAGGAUGUGACCCUUAAACACCUAUCUAGGGCCAACUCGGAUCACAAGGCUCUAUUACUUCAGUGCAUCAACCAGCAAAGUGGGGGGGUUAAACCCUUUCGGUUUCUUAAUUCCUGGAUCUCGCAUGAAACAUUCCAACAGACUAUUAGAGAUGUUUGGUCCAAAUGCCCUACAACAGGAGGAAUGAGGGGUCUGACCUCCAAACUGCAAGCUACAAAAACUGCCCUAAAACUCUGGAAUCAAACCACCUUUGGAAACAUCUUCCUCAACCUCAAAAACUUGGAGCAGGAAGCCAUUCAAGCCCAACAACUCUUUGAGACAGACACCACAGAUUUUAACAGAACUUCUGCUCAACUAGCCAACGCAAAACUCAUCAAAGCUGUCAAUAUGGAAGUGGACUAUUGGAGACAAAAGGCCAACUACAGGUGGCUAGAUAAGGGUGACGCAAACUCCAAACUCUUCCAAGCUUAUGCCAAGGGGAAGAGAAAGAAACUUUCUAUCAAACACAUUAUUACCUCUGGAGGAAGAGGUAUCUCAUCCCCCAACGAAAUUAAAGAGGAGGCCAUUCAACACUUUCAGAAACUCUACACCUCCAACCACACCCCAUCCCACAGCAUUAUCACUAGCCUGAUUCCCAAGGUUAUCACAAAGGAGGACAAUAUGAUGCUGAGUGCAAUCCCAAACAUUAAUGAAGUAAAGAAGGUUGUCUGGGAGCGUAACGGGGACAGUGCAAGUGGACCAGACGGAUUCAAUGGAAAUUUCUUCAAAACCUGUUGGGAGACAAUUAAAAACGAUGUGCUCAUUGCUUCCCAAGAGUUCUUCCUUGGCAGACCCAUCCCUUGUGCAUACGGAAGCACCUAUCUGACUCUCAUCCCCAAAACCUUGAACCCCAAGCGCUUUGAUGACUACCGUCCUAUUUCCCUCUCCACCUUCAUGAGCAAGAUCAACACCAGAAUUCUGUCCAACAGACUUAAUACCCUCCUCCACAAACUCAUCUCUCCUGAGCAGGCAGCUUUCCAGAAGGGGAGAUCCAUUGAUGAUCAUAUAUUGGUGGCCCAAGAAGCUAUACACAUUAUUGACAAAAAGGGGCAAAAGAAUGGGAGACCAAAGUACCACUGGAAAAACUGGAACCAAAUCUGCCACCCUAAGCAGGCUGGAGGUCUUGGCAUUCGAAACCUUGAGAAAAUACAACAAGCAUAUUCAUUGAAGCUAUGGUGGAAAGCACAAAACGAUCAGAGUAUAUGGGGUCCAUUUGUCAGAGCAAAAUAUAUGAGGUCUGGAUCCAUAAAAGAGAAAAUAACUGAUUCUCCAUCAUGGAAGAGGAUCUGCAGGGUUCACGCCAUAGGUGCCAAAGUAUGGGAAUAUUUUGGACACAUUUCCUCAGCUCCACCACGACGCAUUGGCAACCAACUACGUCAACACUUGAUCGCUUGGUGGCUAAGUGGGAACAGCCGAAGCUUCAAAGGAAACCUCAGGCUCAUCCUCCCUGGAAUCAUCUCUUGGGUCCUUUGGAAAGCUCGUAACACAUCCAUCCAUGAAGGGAAAUCAGCCACCACAGCUUCACUAAUCCAACAAUGCUUCAAACUAGUGCAGGGAUGGUGUUGGGUUAAUAGAAACAAGAAAUGGCUCGUCAAGGAUGAAGACUUCAAAGAUUUCGACCCAUCCGUGGAAUCCCCUCUAGUCCCAGUUUGGGUAGGGCUAGAGGGACUGCCAAUCCAUCUCUUUGACAAACCCACCCUUUUCUCCAUUGCUAAACUUUUUGGCUCUCCACUGCAAACUGAUGCAGCCACUGUGAAUUUGAGUAGGCCUAAUGUGGCUAGAGUUUGUGUGGAGGUUAAGCUUACAAAGGAACUUCCCAAGACUAUUUGGAUACACUUACGAUCCAGAAACUCUCGCUGGGUUAGGAAAACCAAGCCAAGAGGCAAGGUUGUAAAUGAGACCCCUGGCCAACCGGUCUAUUUUCCUAGCACCUCAGCUGUGCCAACCUCUACUACCCCAAUUACCUUUGGUAGCCUUGAAACUGGUCACGAGUACGUCACAACAAAGGACAUAGGGCCCUGCCCUACUAUGAGCAAGAAUGCUCCUCCACCACGUUUGGACACUAUUGCUUUGGCCCCUCCAACUAAUGCCCAUUUUGUGACUUUGAAUGGCCCUCUCCUUACAGGAUUGGACAGUAUUACUUUGUCCCUCCCAACUGAUGUUAAUUUGGAUCCUUCCUAUUUGGAAUGUGCUCAACACAAAGAUACUAAAGACAUCCCAUUACUAACUGAUACUACGGUACCUCCCAUUGGAAAUGAUGAUGCUUUAUCUGUACCAUCUACCCACACCAAAGCUCAUACUGGAAAAGAUGACGAGGCCGGUAAGGAUGCUCCCACCGAGGCAGAACCGGUUUCACCCCACACCCUGGAGGAUAAUACUAACAUUUCUUGUGAGCCUAGGUCUCUUUGCAAGUAUAUCAAGGUCACCAAACAACAAAGCAGCCCUUUGAUACAAGAAUUCCAAAAAUUGAGCUUCACGGAGCAAAUUGCAGAACUAAAACAAGGGCACCAACAACUCAACUCCAUGCAACCAAAAGCUCCAUUUCAAUCAAUACAAGGAACAUGUCCAAAACCUGUCGAUGCCAAUCUUUUCGAAGUUCUUCAAGACCAUGAUGAAAAUGAAUCUCAUGAAGAAAGCGAUCCUGAAACUCCAACCAUGGAACUCCGCCAUAAAGGAGAACCUCCUGACAUGACGAUCCAAACGCGCAGUGGUCGCGCUCCAUAUGCAGGGUGUGGCCACAACACUCGCGGGAGGGGGCGUGGAAGGCACGACAGACGUGGCAACCACAACCCAUCUUAGUUCUUUUAAAUAAUCUUUUCACUUCCUG